AUGUCGUCUACAAAGGUCUUCCGGAUGCUGAUAAUGGGUGCCCCUGCAUCGGGAAAGGGGACAAUUUCGGGGAGAAUUGUGAAAAAGUUCAAUUUCCAGCACAUCUCAAGUGGGGAUCUCCUGAGAUGGAAUAUUGACAAGAAGACCCCGUUGGGAACACAAGCUGUGGGGUAUGUGAAUAGAGGGCAACUAGUUCCGGAUGAUCUGGUAAUCUCGUGCGUGGUGGAUCGAUUGCACGGUGAGGGGGCUCCUCGUGUGCUUCUCGACGGCUUCCCGCGGACACGCCCUCAGGCAGAGAAGCUGGCAACGGUUCUGCCCUUGGAUGCCGUUGUGAAUCUCAAUGUUCCCUACGACGUCAUCAUUGAGCGUGUUAAGAGUCGCUGGGUACAUCUGCCCAGUGGUAGGGUGUACAACAUUGGCUUCAAUGAACCCAAAGUCCCAUUUAAGGAUGACGUCACGGGAGAAGAUCUCGUCCAGCGCCCAGACGACCAUCCGGAUGCAGUGAAGAAACGCCUGGAGAUCUAUGAUAGCAUCACAAAACCAUUGCUGGAGUACUACAAGGCACAAAAUCUACUCGUGGAGUUCUGGGGGAAGACAAGUAAUGCCAUUUGGCCCAAUGUGGAUGAAUUUCUUGCCAAAAGUUUCCUUGAGAAGAAUGAGACUGAAAAGAAAGCUCUGUGAAAUAUGUAAUUCUAUUGAAGCGCACACAUUCUUUAGCAUUAAUAAUGGGGGUGGGUGGGAAAUGGAUUCAAGACAAUUUGAUGUACAAAAAUAAUUUAAAUUUAAUUUUUUGGGGAUAGAAUGUUUGUAUUAUAAUUGAUGAAGAAAAUGCCAUUAUACAUAUUUAGUUUUUUGCUCAAUAAACUUCCAUAAAGGGGAA